AUGACUCGCAGCAAAGAAUCCAACAAGCACUUUACGGCGUAUCUACUCGAUAUCAUGGUACCAGCAACACCAGAUAAGCUACAACAUGCUUACAAGACGAUAGCCCAACAGAUAGAGAAACUCGGAAUCGUCAACAAUGCGGACAAAACCGAGGUCCUCGAACUGACUGGGGACACAGGCUUUGGGACAGCGGUGAAGGCGUGUGCGCGAGUUCUUGGAGCGUACGUGGCCCCGGAUCCAAUGAGCGAGGAGAUUCGGGAGGGGGUGAAGAAGGUGAUGGAAACAGACCGCCUCUUCAAGGCAAUCGUGGAGCUACCCCUCUACAACAGGACACGAUGGAGGAUUCUGGCGAUGUCGGCAAUGCCAAGGAUCACAUUCCUGUUGCGGAACCACGAUAUGCAACACACACACCGGGUGGCUUCCUGGUUCGAUGAGAGGACCACCCAGGUAAUGGAGCAUAUUCUCGGGCAACCCAUGACCGAAAGGGCCCGGAAUAUAGCGGCGCUGCCCGUGAGCAUGGGUGGCUGUGGAAUUAGGCGGAUGGCCCAAGUGGCAGAGUACGCCCACCAGUGCGCCGGAGAGAAAGGUCUCCAGCAGAGGAAGACGGAGGAGGCUGACCAAAGACAGCAAGACGACCUCUACGCCACCCUUGGGGGUGCUGAUCGUCAAGUCUUUACAGCCAAUACCGCCGCCGGAGCUGGCAGGCCCCUCACGGAUGCUCAGGUGAGGCUGGACGACGCCACUUUCGGAGUGUACCUGCGGGAACGUUUACUUGUGAGGGUACUACCGGAGGGGGUCAAAUGCCUAUGUGGUGAAGACGCGAGCAAUCACCACAUCCACACGUGCACCAAAGUGCACAAUAAACCCAGGCAGAUGCGACACGACAUCAUUAACAGCGUGUUCGCAAACGGCCUUCGCCUCUGUGGGUUCCAGUGCGCGACGGAACCACGCCUAAAUGAGGUGAGCAAGAGGAGGCCGGACAUCCUCAUUGCGGGGUUGGAUACGUACGCGGUGACGGACAUCACGGUGACGUAUCCAGGGCGCGUGACCGUCGGAAACACCGCCCAAGGUCAGCGCUCAGUAGCUGCGGCAGAUCCAAUGAAAGCCGCAUUGGUGCGCUUCCAGGAAAAGGAGCGCAAGUACAGCUACUGGGCGAUACAAAAUGGACUGGCCUUCGCACCAUUUGUUAUGCUUACAAACGGUGCUAUUUUCGGCAAAAGUCGUGACUGGCUUCGCCGCGUCCUCCGGGGCCAGGACCACCGACUUACGGUAACCACCGCAUUCGACGGGAUAACUGCGGAUGUGGUGGCAGCCGUCCUCCGCGGGAAUGUUCACGUUUACAGUGCGGCAGAGGCAAUGGAGAAAGCCAGAAGGCUCUAA